CGAAUGGCCUCUCAAUGUGUUAUUGAAGUCCACAGACGAGUGAAAUGAUUGCAAAAAUGAGUGAAUAGUGCAGAAAUCCUAUUGAAAUUGAAUGCAAUAAUAAACUGGUCAUCACUUUCAUCCACACCAUUAUCAUCGCUAUCACCACCACAUCAGCUAAUCUCGAGUGCAAUCAACCACUAAACAAGUGUAACAACAAGUGGUCACUCAUUAUCUCUGUGUUGCGAGCGAGUGGUGUGACCACCGAUUGUGUGGUGAUUGGCCACCACUUCACACACACUAUGACAGCGACGGUGCUGAAGACAAUAUGGCGGUCGCUGGUGGUGACGGUGCCGGUGACGAUAGUGGUGGUCGACUGCGUGGGAUACGUGGCCAAAGUGGAGGGCAUGUCAAUGAAGCCCACCUUCAACCUGGAGGACGACAAGGGCUCAGACAUUGUGCUACUGUCCCACUGGGCCUCCAGGAGAUUCGACAUCAAGAGGGGACAGAUAGUGUCGAUUGUGUCGCCCCGGGAGCCCAACCAACUCAUCAUCAAACGCGUGGUCGCGCUGGAAGGUGAUACUGUGGUGACGAGGCCGAGGUAUAAGCACCGGAGUGUAGUGGUUCCCAAAGGGCACUGUUGGGUGGAGGGAGAUAAUGCCGAUAAGUCGAUGGACAGCAAUACCUUCGGUUGUGUGCCAUUAGGGCUGAUAUCAGCGAUAUGUCUGUACAUCGUAUGGCCGCCCAAGAGGUGGACCCGAGUGUCGGUGGGGAUGCCGUCAGACCGGUCGACGAUUGUCUACCCAAACGACAAG